AUGGCCGAUAACAGCUCACCAGAUUACAAGACUCUCUUCCUUAGAGCGGAAGCGGAACGAGAGCGGGAAGCAGAGCUGCGAAGGCAGGCAGAGGAGCGAGAGGCACAGGAAGCAGAGUUACGAAGACAAGCAGAAGAGUUGCGAAGGCAGGCAGAAGAGCGGGAAGCACAGGGAAGAGUGCGCAGCCAGCCGACAACACUAGAAGAGCUCAUCAAAGGUUGUCAUGAUUCAUUCUCCCGGCCUUUGCAGGUUGGAACGCCAUCCCGCUCCACGAAGGGGAGUAUUCCACCACCCACUGGGAAAUACUGCCCAACGAGCCUUCGCUUUUGGUCAAGUUGUCCGGUUCAACUGCAAGAAAUUUAUGAUUCGGUUUCCACUUACCUCCAACCAGCUGGAAAAGACGCACCUCGACUAUUCACAUCUCUUCUUGUGCUAAAUGAACUGGGUCGGCGGUAUUCUAGCCGAAAACUACGAAGUGAAAAGGAUCUGGAACACUACGAGCGAACCGCUGUGGAAGAUCAUGUCCAUGAUAUCAUAACCGAGCUAUGUAAAAUACCUGAUGCCCGAGAGAGAUUCCGGCUUGGAGAUGGGAUUCUGUUUGAAAAUCAUGAAAAUCUUCUACAGACAUCAGAAGAGUCAGAUGCACAGCUUGAUGAAUCCAGCACAAAACAUCCCAAACCAGAUUCAUUCUGUAUUCAUCGAAUCAACGAUUCCACCAAUACUUUGAUUACGACAGUCGAGUAUAAGCCGCCACACAAGCUCUCGGUUGAAAAUCUCCGAGCGGGUCUUCGAUCGAUGAAGCUCUGGGAAGAGAUUGUUCAGUCAGACACAAUCCCCAAGAGUGAUGAGCUGAACAAGGAUGAAAAGCUGAGAUAUAAUGCGGAACAGCUGACUUGCUCAGUUUUGGUUCAGAAGUAUCAUGUCAUGAUCCAAGCUUGA